UUGUUCAGACCCACUCCAUGGACUUCGAUGACACCUGGCACCCUGCUACUCACCCGUCGGGGGCGGUCCUUCCUGCCUUGCUGGCGCUUAGUGACAUGUUGCUGAGCAAGCCGAGUGGGCUGGACUUCCUGCUGGCGUUUAACGUGGGAAUAGAGGUUCAGGGACGACUUAUGAGGUUUUCCAAUCAGGCUCAAAACAUCCCCAAGAGGUUCCACCCCCCCUCUGUAGUGGGGACUCUGGGAAGUGCAGCAGCCUGUGCUCGACUCCCCUGUUUGGAACACACUCAAUGUAGCCACGCCCUGGUGCACGCCAUGCCUUUGACCGCGUGUAUGGAGAGGUGCAGGUGA